AUGGAGCAGGGGGCAGUAGAGCAGGGGGCAGUAGAGCAGGGGGCAGUAGAGCAGGGGGAAGUGGAGCAGGGGGAAGUGGAGCAGGGGGAAGUGGAGCAGGGGGAAGUGGAGCAGGGGGAAGUGGAGCAAGGGGAAGUGGAGCAGGGGGAAGUGGAGCAGGGGGAAGUGGAGCAGGGGGAAGUGGAGCAGGGGGAAGUGGAGCAGGGGGAAGUGGAGCAGGGGGAAGUGGAGCAGGGGGAAGUGGAGCAGGGGGCAGCAAUCAGGGGAGCAGCGAGCAAUGGAGCAGCGAGCAAUGGAGCAGCGAGCAAUGGAGCAGAGGCGAAUGGAGGGUGGGGAAAUGGAGGGUGGGGGAAUGGAGGAGGGGGGAAUGGAGGAGGGGGCAGUGGAGAAGCGAGCAGAGGAGCAGAGGCCACCGAAAGAGGCGCACCUCGUUGGAGAGCGCGCUGA